AUGGAGGCCAAAACCCAACUCUUUUUUUCCACCCUCUUGCUCCACUUUGUUUCCCUCCAUGCUCAGAGUCUCCAGACUUACAUAAUUCAACUCCACCCUCAAGCCAUAACCAGCUCUUCCUUUUCCUCUAAGCUUCAAUGGCACCUCUCAUUUCUUGAAAGAACUAUUUCCCCUGAAGAUGAUCCGUCUUCUCGCAUGUUAUACUCAUACCUUUCAGCUAUGGAAGCUAUGGAAGGUUUUGCAGCUCAGCUAUCUGAAACUGAGCUUCAAGUUCUACAAAAGUCACGAGAUGUGAUAGCAAUAAGGCCUGACCGGAAGCUCGAAAUUCACACUACAUACUCUUACAAGUUCUUGGGACUGAACACUGCUGUAAAGGGUGCUUGGUUCAAGUCCGGGUUUGGUCGAGGAGCAAUAAUUGGGGUACUUGACACAGGAGUUUGGCCAGNGAAGCUCGAAAUUCACACUACAUACUCUUACAAGUUCUUGGGACUGAACACUGCUGCAAAGGGUGCUUGGUUCAAGUCCGGGUUUGGUCGAGGAGCAAUAAUUGGGGUACUUGACACAGGAGUUUGGCCGGAGAGUCCAAGCUUUGAGGAUCAUGGGAUGCCCCCGGUGCCCCAGAAAUGGAGAGGGAUUUGUGAAGAAGGGCAAGGCUUCAAUUCUUCAAAUUGUAACAGGAAAGUCAUUGGUGCCAGGUUCUUCAGCAAAGGCCAUCACGUGGCUUCAAUGUCAACAUCAUUAGGUAUUGUUCAGGAAUAUGUGUCGCCACGGGAUUCCACCGGACAUGGGACCCAUACCGCCUCCACUGCUGCUGGUGUUCCAGUUCCAAUGGCCAGUGUGUUCAGUAAUGGAGCUGGUGAGGCUCGGGGGAUGGCGCCUUAUGCCCACAUUGCCAUUUACAAGGUUUGUUGGUUCAAUGGUUGCUACAGCUCUGAUAUUCUGGCUGCAAUGGAUGUUGCCAUCAGAGAUGGAGUUGAUGUCCUCUCAUUGUCUCUAGGUGGCUUCCCAAUACCACUUUACGAGGACAGCAUUGCCAUUGGUAGUUUUCGAGCAAUGGAGCACGGAAUAUCAGUCAUAUGUGCUGCUGGAAACAAUGGUCCAAUUCCAAGCUCGGUUGCCAAUCAGGCUCCUUGGAUUGCAACGGUUGGUGCUAGCACACUUGAUCGAAGAUUUCCUGCAAUAGUACAACUGGGAAAUGGAAAAUACCUUUACGGAGAAUCCUUGUAUCCAGGAAACCAUGUUUCUGGUGCAGUGAAAGAGCUUGAGCUGGUUUAUCUAACUGGAGGGGAUAGGGGAAGUGAAUACUGUUUCAGAGGGUCUCUUCCACGGGCAAAAGUUCGUGGAAGAAUGAUAGUUUGUGACCGAGGUGUCAAUGGGAGGGCAGAAAAAGGCCAGGUUGUGAAGGAAGCUGGUGGUGCUGCAAUGAUUCUAGCAAAUACAGAUAUAAAUUUGGAGGAAGAUUCUGUUGAUGCUCAUGUCCUGCCAGCAACAUUGGUUGGCUUCAAGGAAUCAAUUCAGCUGAAGAGUUACAUAAAUUCUACACUGAGGCCUAGAGCCCGAAUCUUAUUCGGGGGAACUGUAAUUGGGAAAUCCAGAGCCCCAGCAGUCGCUCAGUUUUCAUCAAGGGGACCAAGUUUCACUGAUCCUUCAAUUCUCAAGCCAGACGUGAUUGCUCCGGGGGUCAACAUUAUCGCCGCUUGGCCUCAAAACUUGGGACCAACCGGCCUACCAGAAGAUCAUAGGAGGGUGAACUUCACUGUCAUGUCUGGAACUUCCAUGGCUUGUCCCCAUGUUGGUGGGAUUGCUGCACUGAUCCACUCGGCUCAUCCCGAAUGGACCCCAGCUGCUAUCAAAUCUGCACUUAUGACAACUGCAGAUAUGACCGAUCAUUCAGGAAAACCAAUAAUGGAUGGAAACAAACCUGCUGGACUUUUUGCCAUUGGAGCUGGACAUGUAAAUCCAGAAAGAGCAAUGAAUCCAGGACUGAUAUAUGAUAUCAGGGAAGAGGAAUACAUCACUCAUUUAUGCACUCUUGGAUACACGAGAUCACAAAUUUUCACCAUUACUUACAGGAACGUGAGCUGCCAUGAUACUAUGCAGAAGAACAUGGGCUUUAGCCUCAAUUACCCCUCCAUUUCUGUGACUCUGAGGCCCAUGAUGAUGAGUAAGAUGAUUAAGAGGCGACUGACAAAUGUAGGGAUCGCUAAUUCCACUUACUCAGUGGAAGUGGUAGCACCUCAGGGAGUCAAAGUAAGAGUUAAACCACGGCGACUGAUAUUCAAACACACUAAUCAAAUUUUGAGUUACAGAAUUUGGUUUAUAUCGAGGAAGAGAACAGGGGCAGAGAAGGUGAACUUUUCUCAAGGGCACGUGACAUGGGUGAACUCUGGCAAUAGAUUCUGCAGGGUUAGGAGUCCUAUCUCAGUGACAUGGGCAUCAAAGAAGUAGUAGAACUCAAACUAGUAUCAGCUUUAAUUCCUUCAUUCUUGUUCACGAUGAUAAAGAGGAUGAAUUUGUAAUUUUAAUUUCAACAGGAGGUUGCAGCAUGUCUCAGAAACUAAG